AUGCGGCCACUAAAAGAAACUGGGAAAUCAGCAGACAGAGCGUACUACAAUGGAUUUUUCAAGAGAGAACCAGGGCAUACAUGUGGAUAUGUCCAGAGACUAGUUGAAAAACAUGAGACUGGUACCAGUCAGAGAGAACUGGAUGAAAAUUUGGUAGUUGUCAGAUUGGAAGUGAGCUCUGAGGAGGACAGACAAGGCCGAACACCUUCCAAAAGGGAGGGUCUAACUGCGCAAACAAAGUUGCACGGCACACCGCAACCUGCAUCUCCCCUCCCUUUAGCCCCUCAGUCAGAUACCCUGAGAGCUCACUUGCCCUGCCAGUCCUCUCUCGACCCCACCCCACCAUCGCGCAACACACCCCCUUCCACACGCGCGCCCACCCUUCCAUUGCCCUGCGCCCUGAGCGGUCCCACCGCUUGGCACAGCACUGGACCAGCCGCCGCGCUCACCUUGCUUGACACACUUGAGCCGGAGGGGGUCCUUGCAGUGUUUGAUCACGGCCAGCACGUCCCUGAUGGUGAGCCCCGCCACGGGGGUCUCGUUAACCUCCAGCAGCAGCUCCUCCGACACCAACUUGCUGCCGCUCUCAUAGGCCACCUUGCCGGGCUUCACCUCCCCCAGGUAGGGGAACUGUCCAUUCUCGGCGCCCCCCUUCAGUUCAAAGCCCAGCUGGCCCUCCGGGUUCCUGCCAAUGACACUCUCAUGGACUUUGCUAGUCCAGUGGCUUUUCUUUUUCAAGCUUUUGGACAUGGCAGUGAGCCUAUAUAGCACAGCUAAGGAGAAGGAGAAGCUAUUUUGCAGCCAUGAUAAGACAAGAAUGAAGAUAAAAGCUUCCCUAUAAGGAUGAUGGAGCAAAAUGACGUGAGGGACCUAGACUCCCUACCUUCGCACUUCUUGUUAUGAAAAUAAGAUGCUAUUAUUAGGUUAAGCCGCAGAAAUGGAUUUCUAUUUCAUGCACAUAAAUGCAUCACAAUUCAUACAAUAUCCAUUAAAUUGGUAAGAGUAUCUAUUUUGAAGGACCAAUCUGACUCACAGAGACCUAACAUAAUCAAUACAAUCUUAGAAAAAGAUCAGAGUUGGUUAUUUCAUUGUAAUUUCAAAAUCGAUCUUUUAUGCAUCUUUAAUUACCAAACUGUUAAAUACAUU